ACCAUCUUGCACGACGACAAAGUAUAUAUAUAUAUAUAUAUAUACAUACAUACUGUUAUAUUACAUUUACGUGCUUUCCGACUUUUCAUCGGACGGGUCUAAGAUUUUCUUAACAAUCUUUUCUCUUGAUUUUACGAUGAUCACCGAUGAAGAUCUCGCGCGAAGAGUGAACGACAUCUCCGAGAGACUCUCGAUCGCGAUCACGCCGUCGCAGCAGGAUAAGACUCUGGACAACAUCAUAAAGAUCGUGAAAAACGCGACGAGGGAGCAACUGCAGUCCCGGCAUCCUCGAGCCCUUGUCAUGAUGGCGUUGAAGAUUCUGCUGCGCUACGAGGAUCUGCUGCACACGAACGGGCUGUGCAACUGGAAGCGUCGACGGAGGUUUAAGAUCGCCCGCGAGUGCUAUCACGCUCUACUGAAGAGCUACCUGCCCGAAAGGUCGCGAGACGUCGUGGAGACCAUCGUGGAAGCCGUCUGCCACGACCGGCUCUGGGAAUUCGAGACCUUCUGCUUCGAGGUGAUGUGCAGCCUGUUGGACGUAAGCUCGGCCAGUGGCGGCCUGAUCACCCACGUGAUCUGGGACAAACUGUCCUCGCCGGAGAUCAGCGUUCAGGACGCCCGCGGCAUCGUCCGGGUGCUGUACGAGCUGCUGGACGUGUACGAGUGGCCGGCUACCCAGGACACGGUCGCGACGGUGGAGAGAAUGCUCGGUCUCUUUCACUCCAGCAUAAUCACGCGACUAGCCGCCCUGGCCGGCUCCUCCAUCUCGACGCCGUACGCGAGUCUGAAGAAGGGCCUGGAGGUUUGUCUGAGGAACACGAUCAGACAUCUGUCGAACGAGCAGCUGCUGGUGAUCGUGCAGCACAUGUGCUCGUGGACGGUGGCCGCGGACGCGACCGACGAGAUCGUCCUUGAGUUCGGCAGCACUCUGGAAUACGCCGCUUACACGCAUCGUACCGGUCUCUACGAGCAGACCCUCACGCCGACGAUAUUCCCGCUGCUGAUGCGGAUGGUGGGAUCGGCCAGUCGGCUAACCAGUCUGCUGGGCAACCGUGUAUUCCAGUAUUUGCUGGAUCGCAAGAACAACCGAGGGGUCUUCGACACUCCCAGGAUUUUCUUUGAGCAUACACGCGUGAACCUGCGAAUCGCGGGUUAUCGCGAGGAGGACCGACUCUUCUUCAAGCUGCACCGGGAGUUACUGCACGACAGCUUGCUGAAGAGCCUGGCUAAUCACUCGGACUCCCGAAUGAACCUGGAGAUGACAUAUUGCACCAUGUGCCUGAUUGCUGUGGAGGUGCCGUGCGGCUUUACAGCCGCGGCCUUGGUCUGUCUCGCUAUGAACCUGCAGGAGAUCGUCCUGCAGCGACGGGAUAAUCGCCUGGAGGUUGCCUGCCACGUGCACGCUACCAUCAUCUCCGUCAUGUCGCUCAUCUGCUGGAUACACCGGGCUAAAGUAUUUUACCAUUAUGUAAACAGGAUCGUAAUGGAAAGGGCGCAAUGGGCGCCGCAUCUGAAUCCUCCUAUACAGUCCCAGUAUAACUUCGCGGUACACCACGUCCUCUGGAACAAGCCGGAGUUGUUUUUCGUCGAUUGGGAGGCACGCUACGGUCUGUGGAAAUGUUUCCGUCUGAUCGACAGUCAUGACAUCAUCAUUGAGCGUCGGACAUGAAUCAUGUCCAUGAAACGAAGGAUCUAGGAAUGGAAGAGAUCCGUGGAAUCAAGACUUCAUAUGGAUUCGAUUAAUUCUAUUAAUUGUAUUUUAUGUUGAAAGAUCUGUGGAAACGAAGGGAUCUAAUAUAAAUUUAAGGAAUAAUUACCGAAGAUAUCUUCAAGAUUUAAAUAA